AUGCCGGCCGAGCCCCCCCGCGCCGCGCCGCCGCCGCUCCGCGCCGCCCGCCGCAAGCCGCUGCCCGAGGGCACGGCCGUGGGCCAGAGGACCCCGCUGUGGUUGCGGGCCCGCUUUCAGGCGCUGCUCUUCGCCCUGGGUUGCCGGAUCCAGCGGCACUGCGGGAAGGUGCUCUUCGUGGGGCUGCUGGUGUUCGGGGCGCUGGCCGUGGGACUACGGGUGGCCUCCAUCGAGACCGACAUCGAGCACCUCUGGGUGGAAGCGGGCAGCCGGGUGAGCCAGGAGCUGCGCUACACCAAGGAGAAGUUGGGCGAGGAGUCUGUCUACACCUCCCAGAUGUUGAUCCAGACCCCGAAGAAGGAUGGUGACAACAUCCUGACACAGGAGGCCCUGCAGCUCCACCUCGAGGCGGCCUUGGCCGCCAGCAAGGUUCAAGUCUCACUGUACGGAAAAUCGUGGGAUUUGAACAAGAUCUGCUACAAGUCGGGUGUCCCCAUCAUUGAGAAUGGCAUGAUUGAGAGGAUGAUAGAGAAGCUGUUCCCCUGUGUGAUCCUGACACCGCUGGACUGCUUCUGGGAAGGUUCCAAGCUGCAGGGAGGCUCAGCCUAUCUCCCGGGCCGCCCAGAUAUCCAGUGGAGCAACCUGGACCCUCUGCAGCUGAUGGAGGAGCUGGGGCAGUUCACAUCCUUGGAAGGCUUCAAAGAGCUGCUGGACAAGGCAGAGGUGGGACAGGCUUACAUGGAGCGGCCCUGCUUGGACCCCCGGGACCCCCAGUGUCCUUCCAGUGCUCCCAACAAACAGAGCCAGCAGAGCCCUGACAUCCCGGCCGAACUCUCGGGGGGCUGCCAUGGCUUCUCCAGGAAGUUCAUGCGCUGGCAGCAGGAGCUGAUUUUAGGCGGCACGACCAAAGACUCCCAGGGCAAGCUGCUACGCGCCGAGGCCCUGCAGACCAUGUUCCUCCUCAUGAGCCCCCGGCAGCUCUAUGAGCACUUCAAGGAUGACUACGAGAUCCAUGAUAUCAGCUGGAGCGAGGAGAAGGCAGGAGCCAUCCUGGAGGCCUGGCAGAGGAAAUUCGUAGAGCUGGCACAGGACUCCAUCCCUCCCAACGCCACACAGAGUGUCCAUGCUUUCUCCACCACCACACUCAAUGACAUCAUGAAGUCCUUCUCUGACGUCAGCGUCAUCCGGGUGGCUGGGGGCUACCUCCUCAUGCUGGCCUAUGCCUGUGUCACCAUGCUGCGGUGGGACUGCUCCAGGUCCCAAGGGGCUGUGGGCCUGGCUGGGGUCCUGCUUGUGGCUCUCUCCGUCGCCUCUGGCCUGGGGCUUUGCUCACUGCUGGGCAUCUCCUUCAAUGCAGCCACCACCCAGGUCCUGCCCUUCCUGGCCCUCGGCAUUGGGGUGGAUGACAUGUUCCUCUUGGCUCACGCCUUCACCGAGAUGAGCCAGCACAUCCCCUUCAAGGAGCGGACAGGUGAGUGUCUGAAGCGCACGGGGACCAGUGUGGCUCUCACCUCUGUCAGCAACAUGAUCGCCUUCUUCAUGGCAGCCCUGGUGCCCAUCCCUGCCCUGCGUGCCUUCUCCCUCCAGGCUGCAGUGGUUGUUGUGUUCAACUUCGCCAUGGUGCUCUUUGUUUUCCCUGCUAUCCUGAGCCUGGACUUGCACCGCCGGGAGAAACGCCGGCUCGACAUCCUCUGCUGCUUCUACAGCCCUUGCUCCUCAAGGGUCAUCCAGAUCCAGCCCCAAGAGCUUGCUGAUGCCAACGACAACCAUGCCUGCCACCCAUCUCCUUAUGGGCACCCUGGCAUGGCCACCAGCACCCAGAUCACCACCACUGUGCAAGCCUUCACCCGUUGUGACCCCUCGGGUCACCACAUUGUCACCGUCCUGCCGCCCACCUCCCAGGUGUGCACUUCACCUGCCAUCCUCCUGCCCCACAGUGACCCCUUGGGCUCUCAGGUCUUCGCCCCAUCCAGCUCCACGCGGGAUCUGCUGUCCCAGCUGGAUGAGGCCAAGGGCGGGCGGGAGUGUGUCCCCCUGCCCUUCUGCCGCUGGAGCCUCGCUGAUUUCGCCCGGGAGAAGUACGCCCCGCUCCUUCUGCGCACCCGGACCAAGGUGGUGGUGGUGGUGCUGUUCCUGGCACUGCUAGGGCUGAGCCUCUAUGGCACCACCAUGGUACACGAUGGCCUCUACCUGACGGACAUUGUGCCACGGGACACCAAGGCACACGCCUUCAUCUCGGCCCAGUUCAAGUACUUCUCCUUCUACAACAUGUUCAUUGUCACUAAGGGUGGCUUCCAUUACCCGGGUGCCCAGGCUGCCCUGCUGAGCCUGCACCAGGCCUUCAGCACCGUCAAGUACGUGGUGCGGGAGGGCAACCGCGACCUGCCUAAAAUGUGGCUCCAUUACUUCCAGGACUGGCUGCGAGGGCUCCAGGCCACCUUCGACAGGGACUGGCAGGCCGGGCGCAUCACCCACGACAGCUACCGCAAUGGCUCCGAGGAUGGGGCACUGGCAUACAAGCUCCUCAUCCAGACUGGCAACAAGAAGGAGCCCUUCAACUUCAACCAGCUGACCACGCGGCGACUGGUGGAUGAGAAUGGCAUCAUCCCCCCCGACACCUUCUACAUCUGCCUGACAGUGUGGGCCAGCAACGACCCCCUGGGCUUUGCUGCCUCCCAGGCCAACUUCUAUCCCCCACCCCCCGAGUGGAUUCAUGACAAGUAUGACACCACGGGCGAGAACCUGCGAAUCCCAGCAGCCCAGCCGCUGGAGUUCGCUCAGUUCCCUUUCUACCUGAGCGGGCUGCGUCGCACGUCUGACUUCGUGGAGGCGAUUGAGAGCGUGCGGGCCAUCUGCCAGGAGGCCGCCCAGCGCCACGGCGUGCUGAGCUACCCCAGCGGCUACCCCUUCCUCUUCUGGGAGCAGUACAUCGGCCUGCGGCACUGGUUCCUGCUGGCCAUCAGCAUCCUGCUGGCCUGCACCUUCCUCGUCUGCGCCUUGCUGCUGCUCAACCCCUGGACCGCCGGCAUCAUCGUGAGUACGCACCGUGAUGUGUGGGGAUGGUCCUGAUGGGUGGGGUCAGGGGCAUCCAGCCUUUCUCCCGCCAUGCUGAGUGGUCCUGGGUACCUGCUUAAUGGGAAUUGGGUGAUGGAGUGGU